AUGUCGGACCAAGACAAGGCAGCAGUGCUAGCUAAUGCUGGCUACAGUCCAGAAGAUUUGAAGGAGAUUGUGCCGACGUUGGACAAGGAAGCAGUGAAGAACAAGGAAGCGGCGGAGGACAAAGAAGCAGCAGAGGACACGGAAGCGGUGGAGAACAAGGAAGCAGUGGAGAGCAAGGAACUGGAGGACAAUAAAACCGUGGAGAGCGAGGAAGAGGAGGACAAGGAAGAGGAGGGCGAGGACGAGGAAGGCAACGACGAGGAAGAGGAUGGCGAGGAUAAGGAGGGUGACGACGAGGAAGAGGACGAGGAAGCAGAGGGCAAAGAAGAGGACAUUAAACUGGGGUCAUGGCCACAGCAGCAAAUGUUACUGCAGCAGCAGGAGGCCUCACCACCCAUGCUACUAAUAAUGUGA